GUUUUGUUGUGCUACGGUGUUGACGGCGUGAUGUCGGAGGAAGGCGGGGAGCAGGAGGUUGUGAAGAUUCUGGAGCUUCGAGUCCCCUCGAUGCGAUUUUUUCCCGCUCUUUUGCGAGCUGUUAAUGCCGGAUUCAAUGCGUCGCUGUGGUCACGUAACCAUACACUGACGACUGGAUUGCGUGUGAAGAGGAUUGUGAAGGAUAUGGAGGCCCAUGGCGGUGUUGAGGCGAUUAACGAAGCAAUGGAGGAAGACGACGACAUUCUUCUUGUGCAGGGACCCAUCGGCGAUGAACCCUUACAACACUCACUCCCUGCGCUUGAAGAACACAACCUGGUAUCAUUUGCUCCACUCACUGGAUCUAGCAUGGUGCGGAAUUGGAAUCCUCACUUCUACUUUGUCCGCACCGACCCCGCUGCUGAGCUGCUGGCCCUCCUCCGCUACGCCGUGAACGAACUUCGGGUGUUGCGGUUGGGAUUCAUGUACCUGCAGAACGUGUCGUUUGGGGAUAGUGAGUACGAGCACGCCACAGAGCUGCUAGAUGACAUUGAUUACGAGCUGUGCUGUGUUUUCACUCUGGAGAGCUCUCUGACUAGCUCUGCUGACGAUGGGGUCUUCGAUGCCACGUGGGAGGACUUUGCGGCCACACGCCCGCAGGCUGUGAUUGUGUUCGGUGCGCCUGUAAAGGACACAGCGAAGUUCAUUACGCGGAUGCUGACGGACAAGCGCACCGCUGGCGCCUACCUCCUUGCACCAUCCUUGAUGCAGAGCAUUAUUCUUUCAAGAUGGCGGAAGGCCGUGGCAAGCGGUGUUCCCUUUAUUCCCGGCCAGGUUAUCACGACAGGUACGAACCCACUUGCGAAAGACACGCAAUACAAGGCGAUCCAACGCUUCCAGAGUGUGAUGCGUGACUACCUUAGCAAUGAGAACACGGUGUACAAUAGCACCGAGCACUUUCUGGAGGACGACAACGAUGGUGAGACGAUGGUUACUGGUUGGAUCGUUGGUGAGGUGCUGUGGGAGGCUCUAAGCAGCCGUGUGUGGGUAAAGGACAGGGAGUCCUUCAGACGUUCGCUCUAUAACCAACGCCGGUAUUUGAUCGAUGAUAUUGUGAUUGGCCACUACGGUGAUAAUUGCAGUGCUAUUGCUGCUGCAUACGGCGCUCUCUGCCGCUGCAAUCAGGGUGGACAGACGAUCCACAUGAAGCGGUUCGUGGAGGGGUACCGUGCUGAGACGGCGGUGGAAGGACGCCUUACGAUUCCUUCCUCAGUGUGCUACACAGACGGUGCCCGACUCCGUGCGCCACUGAAUGAAGUUUCUUUCGAGAUGUCUGACGAUGCCUAUGCUGUGAGGGCAACGCUUGGCAUGAAGACGGGUUCAAAUGCUGCGCUGGGUAUCCAGCUUAAUGUUACUGAGAGACACAGAGUUAUGUUUGAGACGAUAAAUACCUCUACAGCUGGUGCAGAGACUGCACUGAGGAAUGCUGAGGAGAGAAGGCGCAUCCAUGCCGUA